GGGUUUGGGCCUCAUUAAUUAUUCAUCAGGUUCUUGAGAGGGCUACAGCGAUUGGCAGCCGAGGAACCUAGUCGAUGGUUUCUUAGCUAAAAAUACGUGUCGCAUCGUAAGCGCCUGGAGAAGCUUCGCAUAAAUUAUUCUGAUACGGGGGGCGGGGCCACGCAUAUAUUAGUCAAAUGAGCCAGGGAGGCAGGGAAGCCGGCUGCGAAUUAGCCUAAGUUAUUAAAGAUGGCGGCAGAGCGGAGUCGCUCUCCGAUGGACUCGCCGGUUCCGGCCUCAAUGUUCGCCCCCGAGCCCAGCUCCCCGGGGGCGGCCAGGGCCGCGGCGGCCGCCGCCCGACUCCACGGCGGCUUCGACUCGGACUGCAGCGAAGACGGCGAGGCGCUCAAUGGCGAGCCGGAGCUGGACCUCACCAGCAAGCUGGUUCUAGUGAGCCCUACAUCAGAGCAGUAUGACAGCCUACUUCGGCAGAUGUGGGAGAGGAUGGACGAGGGAUGCGGAGAGACCAUAUAUGUCAUUGGGCAGGGAUCAGAUGGGACUGAGUAUGGGCUGAGCGAAGCUGACAUGGAGGCCUCCUAUGCCACAGUGAAGAGCAUGGCAGAACAGAUAGAGGCUGACGUCAUCCUCCUGCGGGAACGUCAAGAAGCUGGGGGCCGGGUUCGUGAUUAUUUGGUCCGGAAACGAGUUGGAGACAAUGACUUCCUGGAGGUCAGGGUGGCAGUAGUGGGCAACGUGGAUGCCGGCAAAAGCACGCUUCUGGGGGUCCUGACACAUGGGGAGCUGGACAAUGGCCGAGGCUUUGCCCGUCAGAAACUCUUCCGCCACAAACAUGAGAUUGAAUCUGGGCGCACCAGCAGUGUGGGGAACGACAUUCUGGGCUUUGACAGCCAAGGCAAUGUGGUGAACAAGCCUGACAGCCACGGUGGCAGCCUAGAGUGGACAAAGAUCUGUGAGAAGUCCACUAAGGUUAUUACUUUCAUCGAUUUGGCUGGCCAUGAGAAGUACUUGAAGACCACUGUCUUUGGCAUGACUGGCCAUUUGCCUGACUUCUGCAUGCUCAUGGUGGGCAGCAAUGCUGGCAUCGUGGGGAUGACCAAGGAGCACUUGGGCUUGGCACUGGCACUCAAUGUACCUGUCUUUGUGGUAGUCACCAAGAUUGACAUGUGUCCUGCCAACAUCCUGCAAGAAACCCUGAAGCUGUUACAACGCUUGCUGAAGUCACCAGGUUGCCGGAAGAUUCCCGUGCUGGUACAGAGCAAGGAUGAUGUGAUUGUUACAGCCUCCAACUUCAGCUCUGAGAGGAUGUGCCCAAUAUUCCAGAUCUCCAAUGUUACAGGCGAGAACCUAGAUCUGCUGAAGAUGUUCCUCAACCUCCUCUCCCCCCGUACCAGCUAUAGGGAGGAAGAGCCUGCUGAGUUUCAGAUUGAUGACACCUACUCUGUGCCCGGUGUGGGGACAGUGGUGUCGGGGACAACAUUGAGAGGCCUGAUCAAGCUGAAUGACACACUGCUGCUGGGCCCAGACCCCCUGGGUAAUUUCCUGUCCAUUGCUGUCAAAUCCAUCCAUCGCAAACGCAUGCCUGUCAAGGAGGUUCGUGGGGGCCAGACAGCAUCUUUCGCGCUGAAGAAGAUUAAGCGAUCGUCCAUCCGGAAGGGCAUGGUGAUGGUUUCCCCACGCUUGAAUCCCCAAGCCUCCUGGGAGUUUGAGGCUGAGAUUCUCGUCCUCCACCACCCCACCACGAUUAGCCCGCGCUACCAGGCCAUGGUGCACUGUGGGAGCAUCAGGCAGACGGCCACCAUUCUGAGCAUGGACAAGGACUGUCUGCGUACUGGGGACAAGGCCACUGUUCACUUUCGCUUCAUCAAGACCCCAGAGUACCUGCACAUAGACCAACGGCUGGUGUUCCGGGAAGGCCGCACCAAGGCUGUUGGCACCAUCACUAAGCUCCUACAGACCACCAACAACUCUCCGAUGAACUCUAAGCCCCAGCAGAUUAAAAUGCAGUCAACAAAAAAGGGCCCUCUGACCAAACGAGAAGAGGGGGGUCCAUCCAGCGGGCCAGCAGUAGGAGCACCACCACCUGGGGAUGAAGCUUCCUCUCUAGGGGCUGCACAGCCAGCUGUAUCCAGCAGUCUCCAGCCACAGCUGAAGCCCAGCAGCGGUGGCCGGCGACGAGGGGGCCAGCGCCACAAGGUGAAGUCCCAGGGUGCUUGUGUGAAUCCUGCCAGUGGAUGCUGAAUCUUACCUGGUUCACCCCCACCACCCAAGGGGUCCUCACACUCUGGCCACUGCUCUACCAGAAUGACAGAGCAGCUCUGACCGCCACUGGCCCGCCCACCCAGGCCACAGCCAGAGCCUCCGCAUUGCCCCACCCCUAUUUUCCAGGGGGGUUGUAAUUUAUGAGCUGAGGAGGAUGGCCAGACUUCCAGAGGACUGACCAUCUCCCACCCUCUUUCCUCCCUGCCUUCUUCCUCACUCACACGUUUUUUUGUACAUCUGGGCCCUUAGUUUUUAUUCUGUUUAUUAUAUGUCUCUGUCUGUAUGUGUGUGUGUGUGUGUGCGUGUGUGUGUGUGGCACUUGGCCACCACCAGGGCCCUGUCAGUCUCUGUCCUUUUUUCCUCCCUGGCUGCCCGCCCACCUGCCUGCCUGUGUGUCUCUGUGAGAAUCCUCAGGACUGUGAGGGGAUGUCAUGAGCUGAAGAAGCCCACCUUCCCUGUCUCACAGCUCCUCUCGGCACUCAGAAGCCCCUUCCAUGGAGCCAGACUGGGCAGAGGGGCUUCUGAGAUUCAACGCCUGCUGCUGCCAGAGCAGGGAGUCCCUGGUCUAGGACCUGGGGAUUUUCUUUUUUUUUUCCAGUUAAUUUCUUUUUUUUUUUUUUUAUUGUUGGGGAUUCAUUGGGACCUGGGGAUUUUCAUAGGGAGAAAGCGAUGGCUUCCCUUUUCUCUCUCUCCCUCUUUUCCCUUUGAGUCUCCAAACAGGUAAUGCCAAAAGCUCUCCUGUGAGACCUGUAGAUGUGUGGAGGGCAGUGGCAAUGGGAUUAUAGGACUCUCCCUGCCUCAGACUCUCACCCUUGCCACUGACCCAAAGAUAUCUGAUGGGUUUUCCCCAUGGAGACAAUCCUGCUCGCCUGGCUGGCCCUCUGCUCCUGCCUUUGCCGAUCUACUCAGCCCGGAAGUGCUCACCUUGGCCUGGAGUCGCUCCUUGCCUAGACUUUGGCUUUAUGUUGGGCUUCAGGCACUGGUUACUAGAUUGCCAUCUGGGUCUGCUCAGGGUUAUGUUUUCUAGUGCUUCUUGUUGCUAAGGGUGGAGGAUGCUCCUCUGAGCUGGACUGGGACUGGAAUCCCCUUCCCUGCCCCAUGGCCCUAGCGCCACUGCUACAGAGCACAGCAGUGAAGGGCCUGAGGCCCAGGUUUGGAAGCCCCAGUUGGGGCAUCAGGUUAGGCAGGUAGAGGGGAGUGAAAGAGAUUCUUCUAUGCUUAGCACAAGGCAUUCAGCCCUAUAGAAUAACCCCUGCCUGGAGUGGCAGGUGGGGUUGUAUAGGCCACAGGUGGUGACAUAGGCCCCAGCCAGGCAGGACUCAGCUCUGAACUGAAGCCCUCCUUGUAGGGUGGGCCAAUGGGCAGGGAGUGUUCUUCUCUAGCUGGGGCAGACACCCAGCUGGCUGGGUCUUUCCUCAGCCUUGCCUCCUUCCUAUCCCCAACUUUCUCCUUUCCUUCUGCUUCCUGACUGCUGGUCCCCGCUCCUUCUCACCUUCCAGCUGUUUCUACUUACCACUGACUCACGGCCAUGGACCGAUCAGACCAGCAUCAAAAUAAAAGUUUGUUCCAAGUUGACAGUGUCUCGUUCCCUGCCCAGCCUCUCCAGGUGGAGGUGCUGCCAUGGGAGCGCAUUGUUCUGCCUGCCCUCAAGCCCUGACAACAGCUGGGAGUAGGAGCGAGCCCAAGUUAGGGCUCCUUCACCAGCUGUGUGACACAGGGCACAUUACCACUUCUCUGAACCUCAGUUUCCGCACCUACAGCAAGAGGCAGAUCACACUAGGGUUGUACACAUUCAGUGAGAACGUAGGUGAGGCCUUGGUUUGCCCUGAACGUGGGAUGUGCUAGCUCAGCGAGUGGGUCACCAUGCUGUUAACCACCCACGCCAUCUCUGUGCCCUGUGUAAACUUGGAUGAGGAGACAUGGCUGAUGUGUUUGCUGCAGCUGGACUGCCAGGGGGUCUCAUGCUCCAUGUUCUUUGAUGUUCGUAGCUGUUAUAUGUGAAGUACAUGUGGAUAUCAUUAGUUCUGUUUUUCUAGUUAAGGAAACUGAAGUUCAGAGAGAAACAUCAUGUCACCAGCAGGUGUUAACUCCAGUACCAGCCUUGUCCCCGCACUUUUCCCAGUCAGCUGCUCCAGGUUGUCCUCUGGCCUUUGCCGAUCCCUUGUCAGGUGGCUGUUUCCCUCUCACUCUGCCUUGGCUCUGCUUCCAGGCGCUGCUGCCCACUGAUGCCUUCACAGAGGUGGCCUCUAGCAUCAAAUGCCCUGGCAUGGCAGGGGCCAUGGAAUGUGUGUGUCUUAGCUGUGGCAGAACCUUAUUUAGUCUGAGCUCUUUGGCCCCAAGAGCAGCUAUGGAUGCCAAAACCAUUCUUUGUAUUCAGGAGGCCUGGCCACCACCCUCGCCUCUGCCCUCAGACACUCAGGAGGGUGGGUUUGGAUCUGUGUAGUCACCAGGCCAACAGGGGGCUAUCUGCAUCCAGUGUUUUACUGUUCAGAAGAACAACAAAAGUCCCUAGAGGUCUCAGCCCUCCCAACUAUCUAUUUGGAAUAAAACACCAGCCCUUUUGUAGUUGAUGAAGAAUAAAGUGAAUCCAGUUUAUCUCAAAUGGCAAGGCCUGACCUUUCUGUCUGUGCAGCAGGUGUUUGUGGCAUCUUUACCAGGAGUAAGGACUGUGAUGGUGGGACGAGGACAGAGGUGGCCAGAUCCUCAGCUUCACAGUCAGGAUCACUGUGCCACCUUACUGGCCACUCUGGCACAGAGAGGAGAAAAACAGGAAGAACAUCCUCGAAGAAAAGUCAACACAUGGGGUUGGAGGUACUUGCUGCGCAGACCCCCCAGGG